UUCUUCUUGCAGGCUUUGCUUCAGCGCUAGGGUUUGCGCUCGACACACAGAGCGAGCACCUCCUUCACCGUUCAGUAAUCUCGUCCCCUGCGUUACGGUCAUCAUGCCUUCCCAAAAGACUUUUCUGAUCAAGAAAAAGCUGGCGAAAAAGAUGCGCCAGAACAGGCCGAUUCCACACUGGAUUCGCAUGCGCACUGACAACACAAUCAGGUACAAUGCCAAGCGCAGGCACUGGAGAAGGACCAAGCUCGGAUUGUAGAGUGCCGAAACAGCAUUCUCUUUCAAUGGAUCUGGUCUUUACUUCAACUUCAUGCCACAGAGCGUGCUCGCGACGCUCGAUUGCCUAUGAUUGGAACUGAACAGUACAAGCAAGGUGGCCUAGGAACUGGAGAAUUUCAAGGCUGCUGAGUUGUUGCUGCACUUAAUACUUUGUCUUCACAGAUUAAUUGUGUAAGAAGAGAAUACUUGGUACCUGAAUCACAGAAAUGGGAUAAUUUUUUUCCCAAUUUUUGCCCGCUUAUCUGUGUAUUGUAAUGGGCCUCAACUGCUCUCGACUUUCUAUGUAAUGAGCUUUUAUCAACGGGUUUCGUCGUUGUCAUUCCGAAGGUUGGUUCC